CUUAACUGUAGCAUAAUGGAACGCUUUCGAGAUGAUCUUCAAUACGUUGUCAAUGAGUACUACGAGGUCAAUGAUUUCGAUACCGACGAUACCUUCGAACCUGAGCCUCAGAGGGACACCUUUGAAUUUGAUUCCAUUGACUCCGAUUUUGAAUCGAGUAAGCCAAAAACUGAUACAUCAGCUGAGGAAGCUAGAAAUGGAAAAGAUAUACAGGGAAUUCCUUGGGAGAGGCUUAAUUUCACUAGAGAUAAAUACCGUCAGACUAGAGUAAGACAGUACAAGAACUAUGAGAACCUCUUUGGUUCUCGUGAAGAGAUGAAAAAGGAGUGCUUGCAAACAGAGAAGGGAAAGACCUUUUAUGACUUUCAGUUUAACACAAGACUUGUCAAAUCGACAAUUGUUCACUUUCAGCUUAGAAAUCUAUUAUGGGCUACAUCAAAGCAUGAUGUAUACCUCAUGGAAAAUUACUCAGUAAUGCAUUGGUCAUCACUGCUUCGCAGAGGUGAAGAAGUACUGAAUGUGGCUAAGCCAAUUUUUCCCAGCCUGAAACGUCCUGGAUUGCUAUCUCAGCAACUCUCUAGAGUGCAGAUCAGCACAAUGGCAGUUAAAGAGAAUUUCAUGGUAGCUGGUGGUUUUAAGGGGGAACUUAUUUGCAAGUACUUAAAUCAACCAGGGGUGGCAUUUUGCACAAAAUUAACUGCGGAUGAUGAUGCAAUUACCAAUGCAGUGGAUGUGUACCGUAAUCCUAGUGGUGCAAUGAGAGUUAUGGCUGCAAAUAACGAUGCCCAAAUUAGAAUUUAUGAUGCUGAAACUUUUGCUAGUGUUAACCGCUACUCAUUCGACUGGACUGUAAAUAAUACCUCCAUAACAGCUUGCUAUAGUUCAUCCGCAGACGAGAUAACCACUAUCUAGAUUCCAUGUUAUAAAAUGCCAGAGCCGCUCUUUGAUAUCAGAGGCAAAUUAUUGUGAAUAUCUUAUAAUUAAUUAAGGGGUUGUUUCGAAAUUUCCUGG